CCAAUGCUCGAGAUCCUCAAGGAUGAAGCCACCACGAGUCGAGGAACUGUCAACGUGCUCCCUUGCUGCGUCCACCACACCGGGUCGAUCGAGCCGUCCUCAGCCUAUUGGAGCCCCAACGAAACUAGGACUGCCUAUAUUCGAGGCAGGAAACUUCAGGGAAAAACUGCAUCGUUACCGGCAAACUAUCGAGGAGUCGUUCUCCUACGAAAAGACGACGAACCCACCAUUGCCGAGCAACCGGAUGUCAUGAUUGUCGGGGAGGAUGGAGAAGAUGAAUCUGCUCCUAGAGUUGGAACAAUGCAUACCGUGACUGAGUUUGACAAGAUGGUUGUCUGGUCCCACGAUGCGCUUGCUGAUGCUUCGUCGGAUCCCUAUCUAAGAGGCGUGGAGGAAUGGCUGCAAGUGGCAGAUAGUAUACAUUCAUACUCUACAGAGGACGGCCAAAAUACGAAAUGAGCGUUGAUAUGAUGGCCUUGACCUACGCCACACUCCACGAUUGUUUCAUGAUACCCACACGCUCUUUACCGCAGAAGACUAACGACUUGGAGGUGCCUCAAUUUUUGAAUAAUAUGAUGAAUGAAUAGCCGUAUAUAUGGUUUUUCAAAACCUCAUUACGUACCCAGGCAAUUGGAUUGAUUCUACAAACAAUUUGCUUGCAUGAGGAGGUGGCCAGCAGCAAGAAGAGCG